UAUUUUUUUUUAGCACUCAUUUCUUCUUCCAACUACCUCAUGAUUAUUAUCACAUUCUUUUUUCUCUCUUAUUAUAAGUAUCAAUCCUUGAACUAAUUUCAUCACAUUAGUUCAGACAAAAGAUGGGUAGAACUGGAGCUAGAAUGCCAAGUUUUUGCCUAAAUAGAAUUAGACCUCAUGUUCAAAUUCGUUCACCACCUAUACAAGCCAAAAACAAUGAGAAUUUAGCUAAGAAAGUUGAAUGUGAUGAUCAUGAAGAGAAAAAGGAUACUUCAUCAGCCAUGGCUGAGGAAAAAAACACUGGUGAUAUCGCGAAAUCGACACCGAUAAUUGGCCGGAAAAUCAUGAUUGUGAUUGAUUCUAACCUUGAAUCCAAGAAUGCAUUGCAAUGGGCAUUAACUCAUACUGUUCAGAGCCAUGACUUACUUGUUCUUCUCUAUUUUACUAAGUCUUCUUCUAAACAAGAUGAAGAUUCUAAAAAGGAAAUAAAUCCAAGAAUUUUUGAGUUUCUUGCUUCUAUGAAGAAUACUUGCAAGCUGAAAAGACCUGAGGUUCAAGUGGAAGCGGCAGUGGCACAAGGGAAAGAGAAAGGUCCAGUAAUAGUAGAAGAGGCCAAGAAACAAGAAGUGUCACUUCUGGUCUUAGCCCAGAAGAAAAAGUCCAUGACAUGGCGGUUGAUUAUGAUGUGGGCCGGCGGUCGGCUGACGGUUGGUGGUGGCAGCAGCGGCGGCGGUGGGGUGGUGGAGUACUGUAUUCAGAAUGCUAGUUGCAUGGCAAUUGCAGUGAGGAGAAAAAGCAAGAAACUUGGAGGAUACUUAAUUACCACCAAAAGACAAAAAGAUUUUUGGCUUUUGGCUUAAUUAUAAAAUUUACAUAGUGUGCUUCUUGUAAAUUUAUAAUUACAGUAACUUAUAUGGAUUGGAAAGUGAAAUGGAAAGUUAUUAGUGAGUCAAAGAUUAUUAUUGGGCAAUGUUGUCUGUCAAAUUAACUCUAAUCUUUUUUCUGUUGAAGCUUUAGAUAUGCCAGCAGUAAUGAG